AUGGCCAUUCUACGGAGUAAUAUCGUGACUGACACUAGACAAAGCGCCAAUAGGUUCGAGAUCGCUCGAAGUGGCAGGCGUGUCGCGGUUGUCAUGCUCGCACGACCCGCAUAUCGACUUGGAGAGACUAUUUCGGCUGCGAUUGAUUUCUCGGAUGCCGAAAUACCCUGCUAUGCGAUACAUGCAUCAUUGGAGACAUCCGAGAAGGUAGAUAGUACAAUCUCCCUACGAUCUGAGGCGAGCAUUCUUCGGGUCACACGCAAAGUCCACGCUGCUCAUUCCGAAUCCGCCUUGUUUGCUCGCAGAGUUGUUUUCUCGCCUACUAUUCCCUCCUCGGCUACUCCUGAAUUCAUCACUAGUAGCGUGAGUUUGGAGUGGCGACUGCGUAUCGAAUUUGUGACUCCAAGGGUGCUCCGAGAGCAUAACGCAGAGCUAGGAUAUGUGGACCUUGUAGAGGAGGUGACAAGAGAUGACAGAGGCCUUGUUCUCGCUGCUGUGGAGGCCCUGGAAUGCGAAAGUUUUGAAAUAGCAGUUCCUCUCAGGAUAUAUGGCGCUUUGGCGGCGAGUACAGAACUUGGUGAGAGUCCAAAGAUAGGGCUUGUUGUAUAG